ACUAACAGUGACGUCGCGUCAUUGCUUCUCGAUACGAGUUUUCCCUUCUUCUCUAUCUCUCUCUUUUUCCUUUCUUCGUGUCACAACGUUUGCAGAGGCAGCUCUUGAUCUAACGAUAGCUAAUCGACCGGACGAGCGAUAAUUAGACUGUUGAAUCAUGGCGCGUACUAAGCAAACAGCCCGUAAAUCAACGGGAGGUAAAGCGCCUCGGAAGCAGCUCGCGACAAAAGCGGCCAGGAAGAGCGCGCCGUCCACCGGCGGUGUGAAGAAACCGCAUCGUUAUAGACCCGGUACUGUGGCUCUUCGAGAAAUCCGAAGAUACCAGAAGUCAACGGAGUUGCUGAUCAGGAAGCUGCCUUUCCAGCGACUGGUGCGUGAAAUCGCGCAGGAUUUCAAGACCGAUCUGCGUUUUCAAAGCGCAGCUAUAGGCGCCCUCCAGGAAGCGUCUGAAGCAUACCUCGUCGGUCUCUUCGAGGACACUAAUCUGUGCGCGAUCCACGCGAAGCGCGUAACGAUCAUGCCUAAAGACAUCCAGCUGGCCCGGCGAAUCCGCGGCGAGCGUGCUUAAGAGACGCUAUGUAAUUCGCAUACAUACCGUUCACUGCGACCAUUAUUAUUAUUAAUUAUUAUUAUUAAUUAUCGUUCGAAAUCGUCGUGGAUGAAGUACUUUCAUUCCAAGGUUUACAUAUUACGUUUUCAUAUAGAGACACACGCCACAGCAUCCAUCCGGUGAUUCUCAUUUUCGACACAAUUCAAUUUGACUUGGCAAUUACGAGUUGCACAGAAGUAUUUUCAUUUCGUCUCUUCUCUUUUUCCCCUUCCCAACUUUGACGAUUGUUUAUCAUGCUUUUUAGUUUAGUUUACGUGUACCGGGUGGAUUUACACAAUUUUUUUUAUUUGCUUUCAAGUUUUGCGCGUACGAGAUGAUUUCAGGAUCAAGCGUUCGUUUGUGGUUUCUUUUCUCACCAUUUACCUUCGUAUCGUCAUUAAUGUUACUCAUAACAACGUCAUUAUAUCAUUAAUAUUCGACAAAAAAAGAAAAUGAAAAAAAAAGUGUGCAUUAGAGAUAAGGACAUUCUCAUAGUGACUCGAUGUAGUGCUUAACAUAUUAGAUCUCUGAUUGUACUCAAGUUACAUGAAUCAUUUUGAACACCUACGCAUUGUGUAAAAAUUUGUGUAAAAAUAAACGCAUUUCGUAAAUAAAUCUAAA